GGUCUGAGAGGCGCGGGGAGCGUGAAUGCGGCAGUCUGGCUCGCACCACGCCAGCGAACGCUACUCCGCAACGCAGUGCAGUGAAAAGGCCUAAAUACAACGAAAUAUAUUACUCUCUUGGACUAAACAACGUUUACCGUGUUAAGAUAAGAUUGUUAUAUUAUUUUACUCAGUCUUGUGCGUGCCGUGAUCGAUCGCGGAUAAUUAACGUUUUUUUUAUAUAUUUGACGAGUGUAUUAUCAAGUUUCACAGUCAGUGCGUUCGUAAACAGUUGAAAGUUUGGAUUUUGACGUAAAUUGAUAAAAAUGUCACUAGCGCGAAAAUAAAGUAAACGCAUUAAGCAAACCGCAAAAAUGUCAAUACACACAAGGAAGAGGCUAAUGCGGUGACUAAAUACUUUUGCGUUAAAAAAGAAAACAAAUCCAAAAUGGCGCUGCUGACGAACUCAGCGUCGGCGACGGGGCCGUCGGCCGGCGGGCCCACCGCUCCUCAGGCCCACUCGGCCACGCCGUUACAUCACUACUUCCACUACUUGAAGCAGCCGUCACCACUCGCUCAGAAUCCUUACGCUCACCACUCGAGCGCUCACCACAUGGGCAUGGGCCCAGGCCCUCUGGGUGGCCUAGGCCCUUUUGGCCUGACGCCGCACGGACUUGAAGCUGUCGGAUUCCCCCAAGAUCAAUAUGAAAAACCUUGGAGUUGGAGCGUGAACCCUCGGAAGCAGCGUCGUGAACGGACGACGUUCACUCGCGCGCAGCUGGAUGUGCUGGAAGCACUGUUCGGCAAGACGAGGUACCCGGACAUCUUCAUGCGGGAGGAGGUGGCCCUGAAGAUCAACCUUCCGGAGAGUAGAGUACAGGUCUGGUUCAAAAAUCGAAGAGCGAAAUGCAGGCAGCAACUACAACAGCAGACCAACACUCAAAUAUCCAGUAAAUCAUCAUCGAGUUCCAAAACGACUGUCUCCAGCUCCAGCAUCAAAGCCAGUUCUAGCUCUACAAAGAUCACCACCUCCAAAUCUCUGACCAGCUCUUCAAACGUACCUACAACACAGAACUCUAGUAUCACAACCUCAUCUCCAAACCUCCCCAUCACGCCAACGACGUCAGUCAGUCCACCUAUUAACGUGAUCUGCAAGAAGGAGUCAGCUGGAUCAAACUACGAGAGCUCACCCUUAAACAAGAACAAUAGCCUAACGUCCUUAUCGCAUUACAACUCUAACGAGCUGAGAAUAAGCGGUAAGGAGUCGUCGCCUUCGGAGCCGGUGUCCAACAUCCACGGUUACGGAGUGACGCCAAAACAGGAGUUGUACAGCAGUCCGAAGAGGUUGGAUUACGCUAGCAAGCUGGAUUACUCGGAGAAGUUUGGGAGCAACCUCGUUAAGGACCAGUAUAGUUCUCGGUUGACGGGGAACUUGACUCCUUUGGGGUCGAACUCCUCGAUCAUGACUACUCCCUCGCCGCCCAUCACUCCUCAGAGUAUAAACGGGCCGGGGAACGUGUACCACCCGGACAGCUACAACAGUUUCCACUGGCCGGGCAGUUCGGACUACAUCAGGAGUUACUCCACGUCACACCAUCAUCAGGGCUACGGACAGAGCGCGUAUAACUCGCCCUAUUAUCCCAGUCAGAUGGAAUACUUCAACGGUUCAUCAGUGAACCAGACGCACGGCAGCCACCACGGGCACAACCUCACCGCCAACGGCAACCAGCUCUACAACCAGGUGUCCUUCGGCAACCCGUCCCCACCGGGGGCGUGGGCCUCGCACCACAACAUCCUGUCUUCAGGCCCCGAAUCCCCUGAAAACCAAUCCCAGAAUUCACCACAUUUAAGCAUGCUCCAAGCAUCUCAAAUCACGAACUUUUCUAAUUCAGGCAACAGUUACUUUGCACCAGAAAAAUAUGGUAUUAAUAUGGUGUAGUAAAUCUAGUCCUAUAUAUGUAGUUGUAAAUAUGUUUUAUAUAGUGGGUGUGUGAAAACAGUGUUUCGGAAGUCUGUAAGUUUUUGAGUCUAAUUUUUUCGUUUUUUUUUUGGGUUUUCAACAAAAAAUGUACGAGAACUUACAUUUUUUGUUUAAAACAUCACGCCACUCGUAUUUUUUUAUAAUUUUCAUAUUUUUAUUGAACUUUUAUUUACAUUUUUUUUUACUUUUUAGCAUAGAAAUUUGAAUAUUUAUUAAAAUACGAUGUAAGUACAUAUCAAUAAUAUCAAAUGAUUUAUUUUUACAAAACAUACAAACUUCCUUAAAACUGUUUAUAUUUACUUAAUGUAGAAUGCGUUAUUAUAAUGUAAAUUACUACUUUGGACAGGAAGUGACGUCAUAUUUAGAAGCUUUAAUAAAAUCAGAGGUUUUAUUUUAAAAGUUAUUUAUUAUAAAAAUCUAGUAAUUAUAUAUGUUACUGUAAACAUCGAAAUACUAAAUAUGCUGUCAAGUCUUGUUUAAAUUAAAAUUUACAAAGUACAGAAAUUUAUUUGACAACCAAACGCUACUGAGUUAACGAUUUUCAACGAACACUUAAAUAUUGAGAGGCCUAACUAUAUGUAUCGAAGGACAUUGUUACAAAGUUUUGUAUUGUUGACAUAUGAACGCCAAAAAUCAAGAGAAUCCUACCGAAAAAGACAUCAAUCCAUUAAAAAAAAAAAACAAAUAAUUAAAAAGGAUUUAUUGAAAUUCUAAAUCUGCGUUCAGUAUGCUGAAAAAGGUAAGGAUGUGCACUUUUACCCUUGCUUUCUUGCGUCUUUGUAAAAAAAAAACA